UAAUUCAUUCUGCGUUAUUCAAAGAUUAUCUUUUCUGAAAUAAGCUUGUCAGACAAACACAAUAAAGGGAGAGGAAAUUAUGUCACAUUCACAUAUCUCUCUCUCUCUCUCUCUCUCUCUCUCUCUCUGUGUUUUUAUGUCAACCUCCUCCCCUUUAUAUUUCCCUUUAGAGUAGGUGUGGUGCAUCCACACCUCACCAGUACUACACAGGCAGAUGACAGAAAGAAACAACACUCUCAGGUAGAGAAAUAAAGAAAGAGGGGACAGGGAGCGAGAGGGGGGAGGAGAAACAGCAGUUAGGGCUACGAAGGCGGAGGGACAGUGACAGAGGAAAAGCAGGCUGCAAACAAAUGAACUGAGGCUGAACAGAGACACACCUGGAGUCACCUAAAAACUACUGGAGGCUAGACAGACAACUGAAAUAGCCGGACAGGGCUCUGCGUUGCUGGGACGGACACUCGACAGACAUUGCUACUGUGGAAAUAAGAGCAAUAAGAAAAUAGGUGUAGAAAAGCACAAAAGAUGGAGGCGUAUGUAAACAGCAACAUCACACGUUGAGAAAGACUGACAAAGAAAAGCUCGCAGAGAGACUGAUGAAAGAGAACCAAUCAGGAGUGAAAGCAAAAGAAGCUCCUCAGAAAAGAAUAAACCACCAGAGACGUUUCAAAGGUCUGUGAGGAUUUCUCAAGCAGUUGUUCCCUCCACCUCUACAUCAUGGCCUCCAUGGGGAUGCAGCUGCUGGCCAGCGCCCUGUGCCUCCUGGGUUGGGCAGGGGUCAUCUUUAGCUGCAUACUGCCCAUGUGGCGGGUCUCAGCCUUUGUGGGAACCACCAUCAUCACCUCCCAAACCAUCUGGGAGGGCAUCUGGAUGAGCUGCGUGGUCGAGAGCACAGGGUUGAUCCAGUGUAAUCCUUACCAUUCUGUCCUUGCUCUCAGUGAAUCCCAACAGGCCGCCAGGGCUCUGACCGUCCUCGCCAUUGCUACAGGCGGUGCAGGUCUCAUUCUGGCCUUCAUUGGAGGGAAGUGCACUCGUUUUUUGGAUGAUAAAGGAGGCGGGGUUAAGGGCAAGAUCGCCGUAGCAGCAGGGGCAGUUUUUAUCUUCACAGGACUGCUGUGUUUCAUUCCCACAGUUUGGGCUGCCGGGUCCGUGGUGAGCGAGUUCUACAGCCUCUCCACAGAUGCUCAGCGGAGGGAGAUUGGAGCCUGCCUCUACGUCGGCUUGGGAGCAUCAAUCCUGCUUAUUCUGGGAGGCGGUUUGUUCAUCAGCUCAGCAUGCCCCCUUGAAUCCCACAAAGCAGACAAGAGCCCUUCUGUCCGCUACAUGGUGGUCCGCUCCUCCAACGGGUCCACCCAGGCGGGUUCUCAGCGCAGCAGACUAGCACCAGCAAUGUCUCAGCCUCCCAGAGCCGUGUUUUCCAGGUCUCAAAGUUAUGAUGGGGCAUUAACAAAGCUUCCGCUGUACACAAGGCCUCCCAGGGGCGACCGGCAUGAGCAAGGCUUCAGGAUGGAGUCAGAAAGAUCAUGGGCACCAUCAACAAAGUCUCAGAUGAAAAGUCUGGAGUCGACAAAGUCUGAAAACAGUGAGGCGCCGUCUCAGCUGAAAAGUGCAGAAAUGGAAGAUGUUUAUCAGUCAAAGGUGAAAAUGGCUGAGGAUGUGUCCUCAGAUCCAGCGCCAAGUACAUACUUAUAAUCUGGACACACACACACACACACACACACACACACACAUACACAUACACUUACACAUACUCACACACAGUUAGUUAGUUAGUUAGUUAGUGACUGUUUACUGAUACAAAGUAGUUCAUUGCAUUAAGUAUAGUUAUGUUUUUACUCCACCAUUUUGCUUUGAUAAAAGGACAAAAGGGAAAACUUCUGGACUACAUUUACUAAUAUGCAGGACUAUAGCAGCUUUAACAUGUAAUGUGCCCUAAAACCAAACUAAAAACCAAAUGCAGUACUAAAAACUUAAUCCAGGUUCACGUGAAGU